GGCUGAGUGUGUUCAGGAGGAGGAGGAGGGUUGUUCUCUGACAGGAGGAGGAAGAAGGAUCCAACCUUCAAAAGCCGGCUGUUUUUUUUUACCUUCUUCCUUCUCUCACACUGGAAUCUAACAUAUGGCGACCAAAGGGAUGAAUGUGUGCAACAUUUGCUGCCUCCUGCUUUACAUCAGCACCGCGGUGCUCGCCGGGCGAGAUUUCUAUAAGAUUCUGGGUGUUGACAAGAGCGCGACCGUGCGGGACAUAAAGAAGGCCUACAGAAAACUGGCCCUACAGCUGCACCCGGACCGGAACCAGGACGACCCGAAAGCCCAAGACAAGUUCGCAGACCUGGGGGCAGCUUAUGAGGUUCUCUCCGAUGAAGAGAAGAGGAAACAGUACGACAUGUACGGAGAGGACGGACUCAAAGAAGGUCACCACAGUUCACACAAUGACAUCUUCUCCAGUUUCUUCGGUGACUUUGGUUUCAUGUUUGGAGGAAACCGGCAGCAGCAGGACAGAAACAUCCCCAGAGGAAAUGACAUCAUACUAGACCUGGAGGUCACGCUGGAAGAGGUGUAUUCUGGGAACUUUGUGGAGGUUGUUCGGAACAAGCCCAUCGCCAAAGAAGCUCCGGGCAAGAGGAAGUGCAACUGUAGACAGGAAAUGAGGACGACGCAGCUCGGACCCGGACGCUUCCAGAUGACGCAGGAGACGGUGUGUGACGAGUGUCCCAAUGUCAAGCUGGUGAAUGAAGAAAGAACUCUGGAGGUGGAGAUUGAACAGGGAGUGAGAGAUGAGAUGGAAUAUCCUUUCAUCGGAGAAGGAGAACCUCACAUCGACGGUGAACCUGGAGAUUUACGCUUCCGCAUCAAAGUGUUGAAACACCCCGUGUUUGAGCGCAGAGGUGACGACCUCUACACCAACGUCACCAUCUCCCUGGUGGAGGCGCUGGUCGGCUUUGAGAUGGACAUCGUACAUUUGGACGGACACAAGGUUCACAUCGUGAGAGAUAAAAUCACCAAACCCAGCGCUCGCAUGUGGAAGAAAGGAGAAGGUCUCCCCAACUUUGACAACGUCAACAUCCGCGGCUCGCUCAUCAUCACCUUUGACGUGGAGUUUCCUCAGACGCAGCUCGACGAGCAGCAGAAAGACGGUAUUCGUGGUCUCCUGAAACAAAGCUCCAUACAGAAGGUUUACAACGGACUACAAGGAUAUUAACACACACACUGAGACACACAGUCUGGACUGAGACACACACACACACACACACACACACACACAGUCUGGACUGAGACACUGAGACACACACACACACACACACAGGGUCAGGGUGUAUAUUUAUUAUUCUUUUUUUUCAGAUUGUUCUCAGGACGGAUUGAACCCACUUUUGUUUUUAUUUUUUAACGUUUGACACAAAGACGUGUUUGGUUUGAUUUGUCUUUGUUGUCAUUGUCCCUGUAUUAUAUGAUAUUAUAUUAUAUAAUAAUAAUAAUUAGGCCUCUUUUGUUUUGGUGUAUUUUAUAAAGUUAAAUUCACCGUCUUCACCUGAUGAACUGAUGAACUGGAAGAAGAAGAAGAAGAAGAAAGUCCACAGAUUAACGUCGAGCAGAAUUCUUUAUUUGUUUUUGUGAUAAAUGAGUUUCAUGAAUGUAACGACGACGCUCUUUUGUUCAGGAAGAACUCUGUAACUCUGUAUGUUUGUGUUUGGACGCUCUGGCCUCUGCGUUCUCCGCGUUCUCUGCGUUAGGAGUUGAACUCUUAAAUGACGCAGUGAAUGUGACUCAUUGUGAGGAGGAAACCCGGUCAGCGCUGCUUCAGCGUCUCUCUCUCUGUUUCCUCUGUGUGUUUGAAAACCUUUUUAAACGUUUGCUGCCUCCAGGUUUUUCUGGUCGAGUCCGAGGCCUCACAUGUGAAUAACGUGGCCUGUUUUUAAAAGCACGAGCUCUGGAGGGAGAUUGUUGUACUUUUGACUGAGAAAAAUAAAAAGAUUUCUACAAACUCUGA